AUGGAUUUCAAGGAACAACAGCACGAUUCCGAACCUUUGACGCUCCGUCAAGACAGCAACGCGCUACAGGCCUCGCCUCCAGAGAAGCAACAACAUGAUUCACAGCCCCCUACACCGCCAAACGGGGGUUUUAUGGCCUGGCUACAGGUUGCUGGCGCCUGGACCAUCAUGUUCAACGUCCUUGGCUUGCUCAACGCGUAUGGCCAGUUUCAAAGCAUCUACGAGACGCAUCUUCUCAGGAAUGAGUCUGCUUCGACAAUCGCAUGGAUUGGCUCGGCCCAGUUCCUCGUGUGCUACCUCGUCUGCAUCUUCACCGGUCCGCUUCUGGAUACGGGACACCUCCACCUCUUGCUCGGCACUGGGACAGUAGUCACCGUCUUUGGCUUAAUGAUGGUCAGCUUGUGCCAUUCCUACUACCAGUUCUUUUUGGCCCAGACCAUUGCGACUGGCAUUGGCUUUGGCCUCAUCUUCUUGCCGGCUUCGUCAGUCGUGUCGCAGUGGUUUUCUACUCGCACUCCUCUCGCAAUUGGAAUCGCGGUCAGCGGAUCAAGUAUUGGUGCUGUCAUAUACCCCAUAAUGCUUCAACGCCUUACAGAACAGAUUGGAUUUCCGUGGACGGUACGCAUCAUGGGCUUCAUGGUCCUCGGUACCAUGCUCUUCGCCGCUGCCGUGAUGCGAGUACGGGUUGGAAAGAAUCCGCCAAAGAGAAAAGUCAUUGAGCUCAGACAGUUCAAGGACAAGCUCUACCUUGUUGCUUGUCUGAGCUUCUUUGUCAAUUUCCUGGGACUCUAUGUCUUCUAUUACUAUAUUUCCCUCUACGCCACCGAAGUGGCCGGUACCGACCAGAGUCUUGCCAAGUACCUCCUCGCCAUCCUCAACGCCGGAUCCUUUUUCGGCCGUCUCAUCCCCAGCUGGAUGGCCGGGCGCUAUGGACUCAUGAAUGUGCAGAUUAUAUUCGGAGUCAUUUCUGGUGCCUUGGCUUUUGCUCUCUUGGGCAUCAAGACCACAGGUGGCGUCGUUGCAUUCACCGUCGUCUACGGUUUCGUCUCGGCCCCUUACGUCGCUCUUCCUAUCCCGAUAGUGACGAGCCUAUCGCCCGAUAAGAGUGUCUGGGCAACACGAUUGGGAAUGAGUUUUGCCAUUAUUGGGCUCGGCGCACUCAUCGGCAGCCCUGUAGCGGGUGCUAUUCUCGGGGACAGCGAUAAUAGGAACUGGACUGGUCUGAUCGUUUGGUGUGGAGUCAUGUUCUUUGCUUCCACCGCCAUUCUCACGACUGUGCGUACUAUGAAGGUGGGCUUCAAGCUCUUUGUGAAAGCCUGA